CUUUUAUUAGAGCAAACAAACACACAGAACUUAAUUUUUUUUUUUUUUUUUUCACUUUCGGUCAAAUUUAAUUUCGCGCGGCUUAGCUUCCGGGCAAAACUCCUCCGCAGCUUCUUCCUCCUACAUACAGUUUCUCCUUCGCUCCAACUCGCCCUCCUUCAGAAUUGCUUUGGUUUUUUCGAAUUUGUGUUCAGCAAAAGGGGUUCUAUAUCGAGGUUUAAAGCUGACAUGGAGGAGGAUCAGGGAGUAGCUGUUACGGCAUCAUCUUUGGUAGACACGCCUGUUUCAGAUGAUGCUGAAGCUGGUGAAUUAUUGGCCACUGAUAAAUCUCAUGGAGGUUGCUUAUCAGAUGAUGGAGUUUGGUUGACUGACUGUGAUGAGGAAACAGAUGAAGCUUUUUAUUUGGAUAGAGAAGGGAAAAGGAGACGUGAGGAAUUCUACAACGCUGGAUAUCGGGAUGGUUUAUCAGCUGGGAAAAAUGUUGCUGCACAAGAGGGUUUUAAUCAGGGUUUCAAGGAUUCCGUGAUGAUUGGUAACAAGUGGGGCAUUGUUAGGGGUGUUACCAGUGCCUUAGCUCAUAUCCCGAAUGAGCUGAAGCUGAAACUUCUUGAAACUGAAGAUAAGGGAAAAGAGUUUCAAAACUUGUUUGUGGCUGUGGAUUCUAUUGGAACACAAGAUGCAUUGAAGCUCUUUCAUGAUUAUAUCCAGCAAGGAAAAUCAGCAGAAAGAAGGAAUAUUGCUGAGUCUGAAUCCUCAAUCUCCCAUCCAACUGUUUCCCAACAGAGUGACCUGGAGAGUUACUUUGAGAAGCUGGACUUACUGUUAAGAGAAUCCCCCAUGGUUGAUUUGCAAUUGGAAUUAAAUAAACUCAGAGGUCUUAAGGUUGUAGAGUUGUAGCUGCAUUAUACCUUGUACUGGUUUUUAAGGACGCAAUUUUGUCAGCAUUUUUUGUUGUAGUGGAAAUGUCCAUAUUAAUAGAAGGGAAUGAAUUUUCCAUAUUAUUUCUAAUAUAUGACAAUAGAAAAGCCUUCCACAAAUUGUUUUCAUGGUGCCAGUGUGCUGCUACAUUUCCUCAUUUAAUCUUCUGUAAAAUGUCAAAUUUAUUUGAAAUAGUAAUUGUUUAUGAAUAUAUUUCUUGAGAUGCA